UCGUAAUAUAGUAUUUCCUCAUAUACAGCGUAAUUGAUGAAAUGUGACAAGUGAAAACAUUGUGAGUGGACAAUCGUCAGUUCAAUCUCGGUUAUUUUGUACCUUUUUUACGGUUAGAUUGCAAUAUUCUUCCGACUAUCCAGUACUCAUCCGACACCAGUAAUUCCAACUCCAAGUGAAUUUAGAUUACUUUUUUUAAGUUCUAGCAUCGUAGCCUUUUGUCACAAGACUUUAAAUCGAAAUUAUUGUGGAGCUCCAAAUAGAACUGAAAAAUCGAUUUCGAUUUGUAAAUAAGUUGAACCGAAAAUUAAAAAAAAUCCAUUCGCACAAUGGCUGAGGGAACCUACGAAUAUGAGUGCAAUCGUGCUGAAUUGUUGGGAAUCGAUCCACCGAAUAGGGCUGAUUUUGAGGCAGCGUUAAAGGUUCAACAAGAGGAAAUGGAGAAGGAGUUGGCCAAUGAAGUGGAAACAACUGAAGAGCAACUAAAUAAUACGUCCGGAAAAUUUGAUGAACUGAACAGUAUACUGUCGGUAACCCAACAACGGUUGAACAAAUUUAAGACAGCCUGUGGUAGUCUAACAAACCUAUUGAAAAUUCGCGGAAAUCAAAAAACCGACAUGCCUGAUAGCUUACACCCAACAACAUCGAAUGAUGAGUCAGAAAGUGCAAAUAGUGGUGACCAGUCAACGCAUACCGAUGCGCCAUUAGAUAGUUCUGAAACAAUGCAACCACAAUCGAGCAAAGGAAAUGCGAAUAGUAUGCAACAGAAGAUGUCGUGCCAGUUCGAUAAAUUAGACGCAAUGAUUAACAAAGCGGAAAAUGCUCAGUACUCAAUGUCACAUCAGAACAAACAGAUGAAGAGUUUCUUAAAGUAGUUGGAUCGUAAAUGUAGCAAACAGAAAAUUGAGGUUUCUUCGAUUCAAGUCGUAUAGUUUUCAUAUUCGUUGUUUGCACGGAUAGUUUAGGAGAACAACUACAUCAAACAUCCACUACAUCUUACGUUUUUCUGAUUCAUUAUUUUCUGUCUCUUUAACCCACAAAAAUUCAGUAAUUAGCUAAACUGUCACCACGGUCUGUGGGUAGACAAGGAAAUGUAAGAAAAAUGUGUCGUCAAAACACCACAUUCACACAGCUUUCGUAUCGGAUACGAUCUGCAUUCGGAUAGAUUUUAUUGUAUUCACCUCGAAGAACAAUAUUAAGAUGAAUGUAGUUCGCUACUUGCGGAGAGUCAUAAGUUGUGGAUAGAAUGAGUUGAAUUUAUUAAGAGCGCAGCGAGUGGUAAUAAAAAUCGGCUUUAAGUGCAAUUUUACUGUGCACAAUACUAAGCUUUUUUCGCAAAUGAGUGGUGAGUGUUUUUGAAGACACUAGACGUGUUGUCACAGACAAAAAAGGUUAUUUUUUACCGUUACUGAAUUUGUUCGAACGUCUCUAUUUCUGUCUUUGUAAUGUUUUUUAGAAGUUUAGUGCAAUUUUUCGAAUCUCAAUUUGUAGUAAAUUCUGAAAUCUUGUCAUUCAAAUCAUCCAUUUUGAAACCACCUCCUCCUCAAUUAUUUGCUCAAACGUAACAGUUAAAUGAGAAAAAAAAUGAAGUGUAGCCUAGCACUAUAUAAUUGCCAUUACAAAAUUGUACAAACCAAUGACUUGGCAAUCGCGCUUUUAACAAC